AUGGCGGAUCGUAAGCGAAACAGAUGGGGUCCUAAAGCCGACGGAGGGCCGCUGGAGGAGGGAGACAGAGUGAAAACUAAGCCUGUCUCUUGUAGCACUGUGGGGACCGCAGUCAAGCGCACAUCACAGCAUCUUUCCUCAAGUGAUGAAGAGGAUAACUCGGCCGAACCACUGGCGCCUCCAAAAGUCUCCAAAAUUGGUUUCAACUUGAGUAGUCCAAUUGUGAAGAAAUCCAACAAUCCCAUAACAAUCAAACUUGGAGCAUCAAAACCCAAAGAACCUGUUUCUUCAUCUCCCCCUAAAAAAUCUGGGCUUGCAGCAGUUUUUAAUGAAGAUGAUGAUAGUGAACCAGAAGAGAUGCCCCCUGAGGCGAAGAUGAGGAUGAAGAACAUUGGCAGAGAAACGCCAACAUCUGCUGGGCCCAACUCCUUUAACAAAGGGAAACAGGGGUUCUCUGACAAUCAGAAGCUUUGGGAGAGGAAGCUUAAGGCUCACCCAGGAGAAAAAAAAUGA